AUGGUUAAGACAGGAAGUAGAACUCUCAAUCGUGCUGAAGUUUGUCGCGAAGCUGAACAAGAAUGGAACAAGAUUAAAUCUAAGAAUGAAACAGAAAUUGAUGUUAUUAUUAAAAAUUACCUUGAUACACCAUUUAAUCUAUAUGAUAUACAAACUUUAAGACCAAGGC